CUUAAGAAAGUAACCCAAAAAAAAAAAUAAGAGAGAAAUUGUGAAGAGAUUUUCAAUUUUGAGAUCGCCAUGGACGCCAUUGAUUCCGUCGUUGAUCCUCUCAGAGACUUCGCUAAAGAUAGCAUUCGUCUCGUUAAGCGUUGCCACAAGCCAGAUCGCAAAGAAUUCACGAAAGUGGCUGUUCGUACUGCGAUUGGGUUUGUAGUGAUGGGAUUCGUUGGCUUCUUUGUGAAGCUCAUCUUUAUUCCAAUCAACAACAUCAUCGUCGGUGCUACUUAGAAAGCAAAGGACACAAGUCCGGUUCUAUGUUUUAAGGAAAGAAGAUUAGAGGUUUUUCUUGUUUCCAGAGAGAAUUCUGUGUUUUGUGUAAUCGGAUUCCUUUUGUUUUAAUGUUCAUUUUGUUAUUUUUAUUUUUUGGGUUCACAAUUGAGAAAAACAAAAAAAACAAAAUCAUAACUUGUUUUGAAUGUAGAGCAAACUAAUUUAGUAGCUAUGGGUCCAAAGGCUCUGCCACUUGGUCCU